AUGACCAACUUGGGCAAACUACAAGGAUCGAUGCCGAUUGCCCGCGUGGGAGGCAAUAUUCAGGAUAUCGCAAUCUUUGACGCGUCCCAAGAGACUGGCUUGGUGGGUAUCAUUCAACCAAAUGUUUCAGCCGACUACCCGACUAUCAUUACUAUUGGCCCGGCUUUCUUCGAAUCGUACCAGACUAUGCCCCAAGGCGUGAGGUUCAGCCAUGGCUUCAACAUGGGCGCUAAUUCGAGCGCCGCGAGAGCUGCAACCUGGGAUUCUGCUUCUUAUGCCUGCAAAGCUAUCGGCCCAAACCUCCUACUCUGGGAGUACGGCAACGAGCCCGAUCUCUUCACAGCUUCUGGAUAUCGCCCGCGCGGCUGGAGUGAUGCAGACUAUGUGUCGGAAUGGCUCAACGGAACGAAUGCCAUUGAAGAAGCCGUCAAAGCAGCAUGUCCAGAUCUUGCAGAGACCAAGUUUAUGGCGCCAAGUUUCGCGGGUAUUGGUAUUAACGACUACUUCACCUUGAGCCCUGUCGACUCGUGGAGGAAAGGCAUAGACGAGAAGAAGAACAUAGAGAUUAUUUCUUCGCAUAACUACAUGGGUGUCUCUACUAGCCUCGGCAUCACGCUGCAAGGCACCUUGAUGAACCACACGAACAUCGUCGCAAAGGCUGCGGAGCAGGUCAAUGUUUCGAGAGGUAUUAGAGCAUCUGAGAAUGCGCCGUCUCCAAGCACACCCUUCAUUCUGGGCGAACACAACUCGCUCGCUAGGCAAGGACGGCCAGGGUUGAGUAACAGCUUUGGAGCGGCAUUAUGGGGUGUCGACUGGAAUGGGACGAACUACCGCUACCAAUCGUGGCAGCCCAUCCAAACGAACCUCACGGUCAGAGGCACAAAGCCACCCUACUACGGCAACGCGGCCGUCGCAGCCUUCAUGCAUGGAUCUUCGUCUUCAGGCGAGGUGCGCAUCUCGCAUCUUGACUCGUCCACUGAGUUCUCCACACAGUAUGCUGUGUAUGUUAACAAUACUUUGCGCCGGCUGUUGCUUGUCGAUCUCCAUACGUACAACACGACUGACAAUGGCUUCACCACGCCAUUUGCGCGACCCGUCGGAAAGUAUACGUUCACGUUGCCGACUUGCGCGAAGGGUAGUGCUCGCGUCCAACGGCUGAUGGCAAAUGGAAGCGACGCGAUCACGGGUAUUACUUGGGAUGGCUACAGCUACAACUAUGAGCUGGAUGAGGGAAAGCCCGUUAGAUUGGAAAAUGUUACUCGUGGGGAAAAAGUGCGCGUAGACGGACGUGGCAUGCUGGAGGUGGAGGUUCCAUGGAGUAGUGCGGCCAUUGUCAACGUGGACUGCUGA